GCCACUAUGGAAGUAAAGAGCAAGUUUGGUGCAGAGUUCCGACGUUUUUCUCUGGAAAGAGCAAAGCCUGGCAGAUUUGACGAAUUCUAUGGAUUACUUCAGCAUGUUCACAAAAUACCCAAUGUUGAGGUCUUAGUUGGAUAUACAGACAUUCACGGAGAUCUCCUACCAAUUAAUAAUGAUGACAACUACCACAAAGCGGUCUCUACUGCUAAUCCUUUGCUUCGGAUUUUUAUUCAGAGAAAAGAAGAUGCAGACUACAGUGCCUUUGGGACAGAUACCAUGACAAGGAAGAAAAACGUCUUAUCCAAUGUGCUCCGUCCCGACAACCAUAGGAAAAAGCCACACAUUGUUAUUAGCUUGCCACAAGACUUCAGGCCAGUGUCUUCGAUUAUCGAUGUGGACAUACUUCCAGAAACUCAUCGCAGAGUGCGCCUUUAUAAAUACGGAACUGAGAAGCCUCUAGGAUUUUACAUACGCGAUGGCUCCAGUGUCAGAGUAACCCCGCACGGGCUAGAAAAAGUUCCCGGUAUAUUCAUAUCCAGGCUGGUUCCUGGAGGCCUGGCUCAAAGCACAGGUUUACUGGCUGUUAAUGAUGAAGUCCUAGAAGUGAACGGUAUAGAAGUUUCAGGAAAAAGCCUCGAUCAAGUUACAGAUAUGAUGAUUGCAAACAGUCGCAAUCUGAUCAUUACUGUGAGACCAGCAAACCAGAGGAACAACGUUGUUAGGAACAGUCGGACUUCUGGUAGCUCAGGACAGUCUACUGAUAACAGCCUUCCAAGUUACACUCCACAUAUUGUGCCACGCUACCAACCCGAGGAAGAAGACAGUGAUGAAGAUGAUAUAAUCAUCGAAGAUAAUGGGGAGCCACAGCAAAUUCCAAAAGCUGCUCCGUCCAGUGAAAGUCUGGAUUCACUGACACAAACUGAGACCCACCAUGAAUCCAUGCAGAACGGCUUCAUUUCUUCCAGGGAAGUCAAUCUGUACUGUUCCACAAGCAGCAUUAACAUGGAAUUUAAAAUUCAGGAUUCUGACCAAAAGACCUUUGAAGAAGAAGGAACAAUCAUCACAUUGUGAAAGUGUUUUCUUUGCUUUUUUUUCAAAUUACGAGGCCAAAAACUAUCUCUACUUGGCAGCACCUAUACAGUACAUACCUCUUCAUUAUUAUAUUUCAGUGGCUUUUUAUAUUAACAGAAUGGAGUUGUGAUUCACUUCAUUUGUUCCAUUUUGAUAUCUCGCUGAGUUGCUGUUAUUAUUAUUAUUAUUAUUAUUAUUGAAACAUGGGCUGGCUCUCAUCUUACAUUUUCAAGACGGAACAAUGACGCUACUGCUCAAAAUGGUGUAUUAUAAUGUCCUGUUUUCCAUUUGUAAGGGCCAGUUUUUGGUUCUUAUCAUAUUUUUGGUCUAUCUGCAUAUUUUUAUCUCAUUGCACACCUCUUGAAGUCAAAUGAGAUCCAGCCCCAAGAAUGCCUUAUUUUAACCUAAAAAUAUUAAUAAAACAAAGUAAUUAAACAUGAGAUACCACCAUUUUAACCAAUGUCCCAAUAUGUAUUAAUUAAAAAAUUAAGGAAUGAUUUAUAAUAGAUCAAGUUUCAGUUUUCAUAAAUCUUACUGCAACUGUUCACACAACUGUACUUUGGAUUUUACUAAUGGAAUGGUUAGUUGGGAGGUAUAAUUAUUGUUUUUAAUUAAUGAAUCUUUGACUGUAUUGUGAUUUAUUCCUGGCGCUGGAGGAAUAAAUUUCCAGUGGGUAAGGCAACUUAUUGAAAGCCAGUUGAAUUGUUACGCUAGGUCAGGGGUGUCAAACUCAUGGUGUCACAGCGGCAUCACAUGACGUAUCAGGACUUUCCCCCCUUCGCUAGG